GGAGGGACUCCACAGCUGGACCCGCUGUAUAUCUGACAAGUGACUGGCUCCAAGGUGGAGAGAGCUCUUCAACACCUCACUACCUGCAGCCGAGUCAGACUGCCACCACCCCCCCGGUGACGAGCUGGGACUCCAUCACACUCAGGACGACAUUUCAAAGUCUCUGCCUCGGACACUAAAGAGUUCCUUUGGUCUUCAUCCUGGAUUUUGGAGAAACCUUCCAGCGAUCAGACGCAACCCAGAAGGGUCAAGAUGGAAAAUCAAGACAUUAAGCAAAAUGGCCACACAGAAGUCCACAGUCCUGUGGCUGGUAUUUUUCUGGAGAAGACAAAGGAGAAAAUUACCAUAUAUCAAGCCAUGAAAAAGCGUCUGCUCAAACCAGGGACAGCGCUGGCCCUGCUGGAAGCACAAGCUGCCACCGUGGGCAUCAUAGACCCGGUAAACAAUAGAAUACUUCCUGUUGCAGAGGCUGUUAAAGAGGGAAUAGUUGGACCGGAGAUGAAAGAUAAACUCCUCACAGCAGAGAAAGCGAUCAGUGGCUAUGUAGACCCCUACACCAACCAAAUUAUAUCUGUGUUCCAAGCUAUGCAAAAAGAUUUGGUCCCGAGAGAUAACGGAUUGCGGCUGCUGGAGGCACAGAUCGCCACACAAGGCCUGAUCGACCCCAUUGAGAAAACAAGUCUCUCAGUUGAAUCUGCAAUUCAGAGAGGCUACUAUGAGAAAGGGUUGCUCAAUGACCAGAUGUCAGAGCUCAAAGUUUUCUACAAUCCAAGCUCACAGGAAACUGUCAGUUACCAAAACCUUGUGGAGAAAUGCACGGUGGAGCCCGACACUGGCCUGCUGCUCCUCCCGGUCUGCAUCACAUUCAAAGGCCUUCGACGAGGCAUUUCCUCCACCGAACUCUUUGAAUCAAAGAUCAUUGACCGAGAAACAUUUGAUGACCUGCGACAGGGAAAGACCACGACACAGGAUGUGCUGUUGAUGGAAACAGUGAAAGAAUACCUGGAGGGCAAAGGCAGCAUUGCGGGAAUUGCUUUGCUCUCGUCAAAUCAGAGAAUGAGCAUUUAUGAGGCCAUGAAAAAAAGAAUCCUGAUGCCAGGGACGGCACUGGUUCUACUGGAGGCACAAGCUGCAACUGGGUUCAUGAUCGACCCAGUAGAAAAUAAGAAGUUCACCGUGGAUGAAGCCGUCAAGAUCAAACUCUUUGGCCCAGAAUAUCAUGCAAAACUGCGUUCUGCUGAGAGAGCAGUCACUGGAUACAAAGAUCCAUACACAGGUGAAACCAUCUCUCUGUUCCAAGCCCUGUCCAAAGACCUCAUCGUUCGGGAGCAUGGGAUUCGUCUACUUGAGGCGCAGAUUGCGACAGGUGGAAUAAUAGACCCCAUCCACAGCCACAGACUUCCCACAGACGUGGCCUUCAAGAGAGGUUUCUUCAACGAAGAGAUGAAUUCCAUACUCAAGGAUUCAGGGGAUGACACCAAAGGGUUUUUCGACCCAAACACGGAAGAUAAUCUUUCCUACCUUCAGCUGAUGGAAAGAUGCGUCACGGAUCCUGUCACUGGACUGUGCCUCCUCCCGCUCGUUGAGAAGUCAGACAGGCUGAAUUAUCACUUCAUUGACCACAAAACUAAAAUGACCUUGAAAGAAGUGAAGGUGAAAGUGACAUGUGGCAAGUACAUGGGAAUGACAGUGUCUCUAUGGGAGCUGCUGAUGUCCGAGUACUUUGACGAAGAGCAGAGGACCAGCAUCUGUCAGAAGUACAGAGAGGGGACGCUCAACAUCCAGACAAUCAUCACAACAGUUCUGGAAGUGAUAGAGAAGUCUGUGAGAACAACUAAAGUCGUCUUUGAAGGCAUCAGAGAGACAGUCACGGCCAAACAGCUCCUGGAGGCAGACAUCAUAAGUGAAGAGGUCAUGGAGGAUCUGAAAAAGGGAAAAAAGUCAGUGAAAGACAUGAUGGAAGAUGAAAACGUAAAUAUGUACCUACAGGGGAAAGACAGUAUUGCAGGUAUUCUGCUUCCGAAUUCUCAGAUCAUGACCAUCUACCAAGCCAGAAGGAAAGGCAAGCUGAUGCCGGGAACUGCCCUGAUUCUGCUGGAGGCCCAGGCAGCAACAGGGUUUGUGAUCGACCCGAUUGGAAACAGAAAGUUUUCAGUGGCUGAUGCUGUCAAAGCAAAGAUUGUUGGGCCUGAUAUAUCUCAAAAGCUGCUGUCAGCAGAGAGAGCAGUCACUGGGUACAAAGACCCAUAUACUGGGAAAAUAAUCUCUUUGUUCCAAGCAAUGCAAAAAGAUCUCAUCGUAAGGGACCAUGGAAUUCGUCUCCUUGAAGCCCAGAUUGCAACUGGUGGGAUCAUUGACCCAGUGAACAGCCAUCGCAUUCCUGUCCACAUGGCCUACAAGAGGGAGUACUUCAACGAGGAGAUGAAUCAGAUCCUUAGUGAUCCAAGUGAUGACACCAAAGGAUUUUUCGACCCUAAUACCCAGGAGAACCUGACCUACUUGCAGCUCAUAGCCAGAUGUGUCAAGGAUCCCAGUACAGGUCUGUGUCUCCUGCCACUCAAAGGCAAAAGUAACAAAAUCAACAUUGACGCUAAUCUUCGAGAAACAUUCAAAACAACAGUUACCGUUCAGUACGGCAGGUUCAAGGGAAAGCACACGACACUGUGGGAUCUCAUCAAUUCUGAGUAUCUGUCUGAGGACCAGCGGCAGGAGUUCUUCAAGCUCUUCAAGUCAAGGAAAAUCACAAUCGAGCAACUUACUGUGACCAUUUUGGAGAUAAUUGAAAAUAAGGAGAUCAAAAAGCAAGCAGGGCUGAAAUUUCAAAGUCUCAGAGGAGAGGUCUCUGUGGUGGAUCUUUUGGAGCUUGAAAUUUUGACCGAACAAACAUACAACAGCUUGCUCCAUGGACAGCUGACGAGCAGGGAUGUGAUGGAAAUGGACAGCGUGAGAGAAUACCUGCAAGGGAAAAGCUGCGUAGCCGGGGUGAUACUGCAACCCUCCAACAGGAAGUUAAGUAUCCAUGAGGCACAGAGGCUCGGUAUCCUCACGCCUGGCACUGCCCUUUGCCUCCUUGAAGCACAAGCAGCCACAGGGUUCAUCGUUGAUCCACAGAAAAACCAGAAGCUUACAGUUGUACAAGCUCUCAGAGAAAAGGUAAUUGGGCCACACGUGUAUGAGAAACUUCUGUCUGCAGAGAAGGCAGUCACCGGCUACACAGAUCCAUACACUGGUCAGAAGAUCUCACUUUUCCAAGCUUUGCAAAAGGAUUUAAUUAUCAAGGAGCAUGGCAUCCGUUUACUUGAGGCCCAGAUUGCUACAGGUGGAGUCAUUGAUCCCUUGAAGUGUCUACAUCUCCCCCUGGAGGUCGCCUACAGAAAAGGAUAUUUUAAUGCAGAACUUAAUCAAAUCCUGACGGAUCCGAGUGAUGACACAAAAGGCUUUUUUCACCCGCAGACACAAGAAAAUCUGACAUACAUGGAGAUGCUGGGCAGAUGCAUUAAAGAUGAGGAAACAGGACUGUUUCUAUUGACGCUGAGUGACACACCAAAAGCUACAGGAACAAAGACAAAAAUGUUUACUGACACAGAGAUAAAGCAAGAAUUUGAAAAGACAGCCGUGAAAAUAUCGUCAGGACGCUACGCAGGGAAAUCCGUUUUUCUUUGGGACCUGAUUCACUCUCAGUACUUCACUGAGGAACAGCGGCUUGAAUUCAUUGAAAAAUACAGAUCAAAGAAGAUCACCACACAAACCAUAAUCACAGUAGUGGUUUCCACCAUUGAAAAACUGGAGAAGAGUAAAACUCCCAAGAUGGUAAUGGGCCUCAGAAAGCUUGUCUCCGCACAACAGCUUCUGAAUUCAGAAAUCAUCAAUGCAGCUACAUUCAAACAAGUGAAAGAGAGCGAACUCGCUUUUGAGGCAGUGAGCCAACGUAAAUCUGUGAGCGGAUACCUCAAGGGAACCGGGAGCAUUGCCGGAAUCAAGGUCCUUCCCUCCCAGAAAGUAAUGAGCAUAUAUGAAGCAAAAACAAAGGAUCUCCUGACACCUGGCAUUGCACUUCUUCUGCUUGAAGCGCAGGCUGCCACAGGAUGGAUGAUUGAUCCGAUCAAAAACAAGUUCUACUCUGUGGAUGAGGCAGCAAGAGAGAGAGUAAUUGGACCGGAUGUGCACGAGCACCUUCUGUCAGCUGAGCGAGCUGUCACCGGCUACAAAGAUCCGUACACAGAUGCAACCAUAUCACUGUUUGAAGCUGUGAAUGAAGAGCUGAUUCAAAGAAAUGAUGGCAUUCGUCUUCUUGAGGCACAGAUGGCGACUGGAGGAAUCAUUGACCCAAAUCUAAGUCACAGGCUUCCUGUUCACGUUGCUAUUAAAAGGGGAAAUCUUGAUGAAAAGACCAGCAACAUUCUACUGAACCCCACUGAUGAUGCAAAGGGAUUCUUUGACCCAACUACGAAAGAAAAGGUCUCUUACCGUCAGCUGAUAAGUCGAUGUGAGGCGGAUCCAGAAAGUGGGCUACUUCUCCUACCCCUGUCUGAAGAGAAACCUCUGGUGUUCCACACAGAUGAACAGAUUGAGCUCAAGUUGAAAAGCACAACUAUUACCAUGAAUGCAGGAAAGUACAAGAACAAAGAGGUGACAUUGUGGGAAGUGUUGGUCUCUGAAUACAUAUCGGAACAAAAGAGGAAGCAGCUGAUACAACAGUUCAAGACGGGAGCCCUGAAAAUAGACAACAUCACUGAAAUACUCACAGUAAUCAUUACAGAGGUAUCGUCCAAAGAAAAGAAGUUUAAAGGUCUAAGAAAGCAGGUCUCUGCCAGCGAGUUGUUUGAGUCCAAAAUAAUCUCAAAGGAGCUUUUCACUCAGAUCAUACAAGGUGAGGUAACAGAGGAGAAUGUCAGUAAAAUGGAAUCAAUUCAAAAGUACCUUGGAGCUACAAACUGUAUAGCAGGUGUCAGAGUUGAAUCUACGAAGAAAGUUAUAAGCGUUUACGAAGCAAAAACAAGAGGUUUGCUGCCCCCUGGCACGUCUCUGAUUCUGUUGGAAGCACAAGCAGCAACUGGCUUUGUUAUUGACCCAGUGAACAACAAGAAACUUUCAGUAGACGAAGCUGUAGCACAAGCAGUGGUUGGCAGUGAGUGGAAAAAAAAACUGCUCUCAGCAGAAAGAGCCGUCACAGGAUACAAAGAUCCCUACACUGGAGACAUCAUCUCUUUGUUCCAGGCCUUGCAGAAAGAUCUCAUCGUGAAAGAUCAUGGAAUUCGUCUUCUUGAAGCACAAAUUGCCACAGGAGGCAUCAUUGACCCCGUCCACAGUCACAGAGUGCCUGUACAGGUGGCAUACCAGAGAGGUUACUUUGAUGAAGAGAUGAACCAGAUUCUGUCUGAUCCUGAUGAUGACACCAAGGGCUUCUUUGACCCCAACACCCAUGAGAACCUCACCUAUCUACAGCUGAUGGAGAGAUGUGUCACCGAUCCCAUCACAGGCCUGAACUUACUGGUCGUUGUGAAGAAAGGAGAGUUUUAUUUCUUUGUUGAUGAGGCUACAAAGAUCAUUCUGAAAUCUACAACAACAACCAGAGCAGGAGGGAAAUACCAAGGAACGACUGUGUCUCUGUGGGAUCUGCUUUUCUCCAAAUACAUCACUGAGGAGAGGAGGAGAGAGGUUGUGCAACAAUACAAGUCUGGAUCAAUCUCAAUUGAACGCUUUAUGGAAAUCAUCCUGACCAUCAUCACACAACAGACAACAAGAACAACAACCUCGUCUUCAACAACUGUCACAUGCCAACCGCCAGAAACCAAAGUGGAGAGCAGCAGCACAACAAAAACUACCAUGACCACGACCACAAUCACAGAGUCAAGUCAACUUCCCACGUUCCAUGGAAUCAGGAAGGAUGUCACUGCUAAUGAGCUGCUUGAAUCCCAAAUCAUCACUGAGGACCUCUACAAAAGUCUUAAGACUGGAACCAUCACAGUGACAGAAAUCACUGAAAUGGACUCAGUGCGUAAGUACCUCGAGGGAACCAACAGCAUCGCAGGAGUGUACCUGCAGUCCACCAAGGAGACACUUAGUAUCUAUGAAGCUAAACAACGAGGCCUGCUGACCCCUGGAACUUCUCUGGUUCUGCUGGAGGCCCAAGCUGCCACUGGUUUUGUUAUCGACCCAGUGAACAAUAAGAAACUCUCAGUAGACAAAGCUGUAGACCUAAAAGUGGUUGGCAGUGAGUGGGGGAAAAAACUGCUAUCAGCAGAAAGAGCUGUCACAGGAUACAAAGAUCCCUACACUGGAGACAUCAUCUCUUUGUUCCAGGCCUUGAAGAAAGAUCUCAUCGUGAAAGAUCAUGGAAUUCGUCUCCUUGAAGCACAAAUUGCCACAGGAGGCAUCAUUGACCCCGUCCACAGUCACAGAGUGCCUGUACAGGUGGCAUACCAGAGAGGUUACUUUGAUGAAGAGAUGAACCAGAUUCUGUCUGAUCCUGAUGAUGACACCAAGGGCUUCUUUGACCCCAACACCCAUGAGAACCUCACCUAUCUCCAGCUGGUGGAGAGAUGUGUCACCGAUCCCAUCACAGGCCUGAGUUUACUGGUCAUCGUGAAGAAAGGAGAGUUUUAUUUCUUUGUCGAUGAGGCUACAAAGCUCAUUCUGAAAUCUACAACAACAACCAGAGCAGGAGGGAAAUACCAAGGAAAGACUGUGUCUCUGUGGGAUCUGCUUUUCUCCAAAUACAUCACUGAGGAGAGGAGGAGAGAGCUUGUGCAACAAUACAAGUCUGGAUCAAUAUCACUUGAACGCUUUAUGGAAAUCAUCCUGACCAUCAUCACACAACAGACAACAACAACAACCUCAUCUUCAGUAACUGUCACAUGCCAACCUCCAGAAACCAAAGUGGACAGCAGCAGCACAACAAAAACUACCAUGACCACGACCACAAUCACAGAGUCAAGUCAACUUCCCACGUUCCAUGGAAUCAGGAAGGAUGUCACUGCUAAUGAGCUGCUUGAAUCCCAAAUCAUCACUGAGGACCUCUACAAAAGUCUUAAGACUGGAACCAUCACAGUGACAGAAAUCACGGAAAUGGACUCAGUGCGUAAGUACCUCGAGGGAACCAACAGCAUCGCAGGAGUGUACCUGCAGUCCACCAAGGAGACACUGAGUAUCUAUGAAGCUAAACAACGAGGCCUGCUGACCCCUGGAACUUCUCUGGUUCUCUUGGAGGCCCAAGCUGCCACUGGUUUUGUUAUAGACCCAGUGAACAACAAGAAACUCUCAGUGGACCAAGCUGUAAACCAAAAAGUGGUUGGCAGUGAGUGGGGGAAAAAACUGCUCUCGGCAGAAAGAGCCGUCACAGGAUACAAAGAUCCCUACACUGGAGACAUCAUCUCUUUGUUCCAGGCCUUGAAGAAAGACCUCAUCGUGAAAGAUCAUGGAAUUCGUCUCCUUGAAGCACAAAUUGCCACAGGAGGCAUCAUUGACCCCGUCCACAGUCACAGAGUGCCUGUACAGGUGGCAUACCAGAGAGGUUACUUUGAUGAAGAGAUGAACCAGAUUCUGUCUGAUCCUGAUGAUGACACCAAGGGCUUCUUUGACCCCAACACCCAUGAGAACCUCACCUAUCUCCAGCUGGUGGAGAGAUGUGUCACCGAUCCCAUCACAGGCCUGAGUUUACUGGUCAUCGUGCAGAAAGGAGAGUUUUAUUUCUUUGUCGAUGAGGCUACAAAGCUCAUUCUGAAAUCUACAACAACAACCAGAGCAGGAGGGAAAUACCAAGGAAAGACUGUGUCUCUGUGGGAUCUGCUUUUCUCCAAAUACAUCACUGAGGAGAGGAGGAGAGAGCUUGUGCAACAAUACAAGUCUGGAUCAAUCUCACUUGAACGCUUUAUGGAAAUCAUCCUGACCAUCAUCACACAACAGACAACAACAACAACAACCUCAUCUUCAGUAACUGUCACAUGCCAACCUCCAGAAACCAAAGUGGACAGCAGCAGCACAACAAAAACUACCAUGACCACGACCACAAUCACAGAGUCAAGUCAACUUCCCACGUUCCAUGGAAUCAGGAAGGAUGUCACUGCUAAUGAGCUGCUUGAAUCCCAAAUCAUCACUGAGGACCUCUACAAAAGUCUUAAGACUGGAACCAUCACAGUGACAGAAAUCACGGAAAUGGACUCAGUGCGUAAGUACCUCGAGGGAACCAACAGCAUCGCAGGAGUGUACCUGCAGUCCACCAAGGAGACACUGAGUAUCUAUGAAGCUAAACAACGAGGCCUGCUGACCCCUGGAACUUCUCUGGUUCUCUUGGAGGCCCAAGCUGCCACUGGUUUUGUUAUAGACCCAGUGAACAACAAGAAACUCUCAGUGGACCAAGCUGUAAACCAAAAAGUGGUUGGCAGUGAGUGGGGGAAAAAACUGCUAUCAGCAGAAAGAGCUGUCACAGGAUACAAAGAUCCCUACACUGGAGACAUCAUCUCUUUGUUCCAGGCCUUGAAGAAAGAUCUCAUCGUGAAAGAUCAUGGAAUUCGUCUCCUUGAAGCACAAAUUGCCACAGGAGGCAUCAUUGACCCCGUCCACAGUCACAGAGUGCCUGUACAGGUGGCAUACCAGAGAGGUUACUUUGAUGAAGAGAUGAACCAGAUUCUGUCUGAUCCUGAUGAUGACACCAAGGGCUUCUUUGACCCCAACACCCAUGAGAACCUCACCUAUCUCCAGCUGGUGGAGAGAUGUGUCACCGAUCCCAUCACAGGCCUGAGUUUACUGGUCAUCGUGCAGAAAGGAGAGUUUUAUUUCUUUGUCGAUGAGGCUACAAAGCUCAUUCUGAAAUCUACAACAACAACCAGAGCAGGAGGGAAAUACCAAGGAAAGACUGUGUCUCUGUGGGAUCUGCUUUUCUCCAAAUACAUCACUGAGGAGAGGAGGAGAGAGCUUGUGCAACAAUACAAGUCUGGAUCAAUCUCACUUGAACGCUUUAUGGAAAUCAUCCUGACCAUCAUCACACAACAGACAACAACAACAACAACCUCAUCUUCAGUAACUGUCACAUGCCAACCUCCAGAAACCAAAGUGGACAGCAGCAGCACAACAAAAACUACCAUGACCACGACCACAAUCACAGAGUCAAGUCAACUUCCCACGUUCCAUGGAAUCAGGAAGGAUGUCACUGCUAAUGAGCUGCUUGAAUCCCAAAUCAUCACUGAGGACCUCUACAAAAGUCUUAAGACUGGAACCAUCACAGUGACAGAAAUCACGGAAAUGGACUCAGUGCGUAAGUACCUCGAGGGAACCAACAGCAUCGCAGGAGUGUACCUGCAGUCCACCAAGGAGACACUGAGUAUCUAUGAAGCUAAACAACGAGGCCUGCUGACCCCUGGAACUUCUCUGGUUCUCUUGGAGGCCCAAGCUGCCACUGGUUUUGUUAUAGACCCAGUGAACAACAAGAAACUCUCAGUGGACCAAGCUGUAAACCAAAAAGUGGUUGGCAGUGAGUGGGGGAAAAAACUGCUAUCAGCAGAAAGAGCUGUCACAGGAUACAAAGAUCCCUACACUGGAGACAUCAUCUCUUUGUUCCAGGCCUUGAAGAAAGAUCUCAUCGUGAAAGAUCAUGGAAUUCGUCUCCUUGAAGCACAAAUUGCCACAGGAGGCAUCAUUGACCCCGUCCACAGUCACAGAGUGCCUGUACAGGUGGCAUACCAGAGAGGUUACUUUGAUGAAGAGAUGAACCAGAUUCUGUCUGAUCCUGAUGAUGACACCAAGGGCUUCUUUGACCCCAACACCCAUGAGAACCUCACCUAUCUCCAGCUGGUGGAGAGAUGUGUCACCGAUCCCAUCACAGGCCUGAGUUUACUGGUCAUCGUGAAGAAAGGAGAGUUUUAUUUCUUUGUCGAUGAGGCUACAAAGCUCAUUCUGAAAUCUACAACAACAACCAGAGCAGGAGGGAAAUACCAAGGAAAGACUGUGUCUCUGUGGGAUCUGCUUUUCUCCAAAUACAUCACUGAGGAGAGGAGGAGAGAGCUUGUGCAACAAUACAAGUCUGGAUCAAUCUCACUUGAACGCUUUAUGGAAAUCAUCCUGACCAUCAUCACACAACAGACAACAACAACAACAACCUCAUCUUCAGCAACUGUCACAUGCCAACCUCCAGAAACCAAAGUGGACAGCAGCAGCACAACAAAAACUACCAUGACCACGACCACAAUCACAGAGUCAAGUCAACUUCCCACGUUCCAUGGAAUCAGGAAGGAUGUCACUGCUAAUGAGCUGCUUGAAUCCCAAAUCAUCACUGAGGACCUCUACAAAAGUCUUAAGACUGGAACCAUCACAGUGACAGAAAUCACUGAAAUGGACUCAGUGCGUAAGUACCUCGAGGGAACCAACAGCAUCGCAGGAGUGUACCUGCAGUCCACCAAGGAGACACUGAGUAUCUAUGAAGCUAAACAACGAGGCCUGCUGACCCCUGGAACUUCUCUGGUUCUGCUGGAGGCCCAAGCUGCCACUGGUUUUGUUAUCGACCCAGUGAACAAUAAGAAACUCUCAGUAGACAAAGCUGUAGACCUAAAAGUGGUUGGCAGUGAGUGGGGGAAAAAACUGCUAUCUGCAGAAAGAGCUGUCACAGGAUACAAAGAUCCCUACACUGGAGACAUCAUCUCUUUGUUCCAGGCCUUGAAGAAAGAUCUCAUCGUGAAAGAUCAUGGAAUUCGUCUCCUUGAAGCACAAAUUGCCACAGGAGGCAUCAUUGACCCCGUCCACAGUCACAGAGUGCCUGUACAGGUGGCAUACCAGAGAGGUUACUUUGAUGAAGAGAUGAACCAGAUUCUGUCUGAUCCUGAUGAUGACACCAAGGGCUUCUUUGACCCCAACACCCAUGAGAACCUCACCUAUCUCCAGCUGGUGGAGAGAUGUGUCACCGAUCCCAUCACAGGCCUGAGUUUACUGGUCAUCGUGCAGAAAGGAGAGUUUUAUUUCUUUGUCGAUGAGGCUACAAAGCUCAUUCUGAAAUCUACAACAACAACCAGAGCAGGAGGGAAAUACCAAGGAAAGACUGUGUCUCUGUGGGAUCUGCUUUUCUCCAAAUACAUCACUGAGGAGAGGAGGAGAGAGCUUGUGCAACAAUACAAGUCUGGAUCAAUCUCACUUGAACGCUUUAUGGAAAUCAUCCUGACCAUCAUCACACAACAGACAACAACAACAACAACCUCAUCUUCAGUAACUGUCACAUGCCAACCUCCAGAAACCAAAGUGGACAGCAGCAGCACAACAAAAACUACCAUGACCACGACCACAAUCACAGAGUCAAGUCAACUUCCCACGUUCCAUGGAAUCAGGAAGGAUGUCACUGCUAAUGAGCUGCUUGAAUCCCAAAUCAUCACUGAGGACCUCUACAAAAGUCUUAAGACUGGAACCAUCACAGUGACAGAAAUCACGGAAAUGGACUCAGUGCGUAAGUACCUCGAGGGAACCAACAGCAUCGCAGGAGUGUACCUGCAGUCCACCAAGGAGACACUGAGUAUCUAUGAAGCUAAACAACGAGGCCUGCUGACCCCUGGAACUUCUCUGGUUCUCUUGGAGGCCCAAGCUGCCACUGGUUUUGUUAUAGACCCAGUGAACAACAAGAAACUCUCAGUGGACCAAGCUGUAAACCAAAAAGUGGUUGGCAGUGAGUGGGGGAAAAAACUGCUAUCAGCAGAAAGAGCUGUCACAGGAUACAAAGAUCCCUACACUGGAGACAUCAUCUCUUUGUUCCAGGCCUUGAAGAAAGAUCUCAUCGUGAAAGAUCAUGGAAUUCGUCUCCUUGAAGCACAAAUUGCCACAGGAGGCAUCAUUGACCCCGUCCACAGUCACAGAGUGCCUGUACAGGUGGCAUACCAGAGAGGUUACUUUGAUGAAGAGAUGAACCAGAUUCUGUCUGAUCCUGAUGAUGACACCAAGGGCUUCUUUGACCCCAACACCCAUGAGAACCUCACCUAUCUCCAGCUGGUGGAGAGAUGUGUCACCGAUCCCAUCAAAGGCCUGAGUUUACUGGUCAUCGUGCAGAAAGGAGAGUUUUAUUUCUUUGUCGAUGAGGCUACAAAGCUCAUUCUGAAAUCUACAACAACAACCAGAGCAGGAGGGAAAUACCAAGGAAAGACUGUGUCUCUGUGGGAUCUGCUUUUCUCCAAAUACAUCACUGAGGAGAGGAGGAGAGAGCUUGUGCAACAAUACAAGUCUGGAUCAAUCUCACUUGAACGCUUUAUGGAAAUCAUCCUGACCAUCAUCACACAACAGACAACAACAACAACAACCUCAUCUUCAGUAACUGUCACAUGCCAACCUCCAGAAACCAAAGUGGACAGCAGCAGCACAACAAAAACUACCAUGACCACGACCACAAUCACAGAGUCAAGUCAACUUCCCACGUUCCAUGGAAUCAGGAAGGAUGUCACUGCUAAUGAGCUGCUUGAAUCCCAAAUCAUCACUGAGGACCUCUACAAAAGUCUUAAGACUGGAACCAUCACAGUGACAGAAAUCACGGAAAUGGACUCAGUGCGUAAGUACCUCGAGGGAACCAACAGCAUCGCAGGAGUGUACCUGCAGUCCACCAAGGAGACACUGAGUAUCUAUGAAGCUAAACAACGAGGCCUGCUGACCCCUGGAACUUCUCUGGUUCUGCUGGAGGCCCAAGCUGCCACUGGUUUUGUUAUCGACCCAGUGAACAAUAAGAAACUCUCAGUAGACAAAGCUGUAGACCUAAAAGUGGUUGGCAGUGAGUGGGGGAAAAAACUGCUAUCAGCAGAAAGAGCUGUCACAGGAUACAAAGAUCCCUACACUGGAGACAUCAUCUCUUUGUUCCAGGCCUUGAAGAAAGAUCUCAUCGUGAAAGAUCAUGGAAUUCGUCUCCUUGAAGCACAAAUUGCCACAGGAGGCAUCAUUGACCCCGUCCACAGUCACAGAGUGCCUGUACAGGUGGCAUACCAGAGAGGUUACUUUGAUGAAGAGAUGAACCAGAUUCUGUCUGAUCCUGAUGAUGACACCAAGGGCUUCUUUGACCCCAACACCCAUGAGAACCUCACCUAUCUCCAGCUGGUGGAGAGAUGUGUCACCGAUCCCAUCACAGGCCUCAGUUUACUGUCCUUGUGCAAGUGAAGGAGAGAAAACCAGUAACUUUUUUUGUUUGGAUAUCGGAGCAAAUCGUAAUUAUUUCACUUUGCUGUUAGUGCUGUUUGGAUAAUAGUAAGAAAUACAUUUCAGUGUAUGUCUUUUAAGUCUUUAGUUAUUGUUUAGUUUAUGACUUCCCUACUGUAAAAAAAACUGUAUGAAUACUGUUGUGCUGAAAACCUUUCUUGGUUUGAAAAUAGAGAAAGAAAUGGAAUUUAAUCAUUUGUCUAUAAUAUCAUAGGAAUAUGAUGAGUACUAUUUUACCUUUGAGGCAGCAUUCACAAAACCAGGGCUGUGAUACUGACUCCAAAUUGGAUUUUUCGCCUCUAUUAAACCAACCUGGGAUAAUCUGAUACCAAUAGACAUUGAAUCUCUCACAACGUGUAGGAACUAGAUUCUACCAAUUGAUUGUUUUAAAAGUUUUUGUUACACCUGUGUUAAAAAGCUCCUCUAAAGUGUUGAUGAACAUUGAAAAGUUGUGGCCUUGAUAUUUUUUGGUUUUCAAUUUGAUCUCCUUUGACCAAACACAAGUUGCAGUAACUGUGCGAACAAACUGUGACAAGACUAUGAUACUUUUUCUUUUCCCUGUUUUAUAUUUGUGGGAACAGUGUACUUGAGAAUUUUUACAAUGAGAAUGUUUUACAGUAAGUGGACAAAAAUGUUGUUUUUCUUUGGUAAGUGAAAAUAUGAUAACACUAAACUCAGUUUCUCUGAGGCUGCACUGACUUGCAAGCUUUUUCAAGACUCUUAUUAUUGUAAAAAAAACUUGACUGUGUGGCCCAAUAAAUGAGAUUCAAGUACA